AUGGGGGCUUUGUGGGGGAAGAGAAAGUUCUAUUCAGUUCUAUUUCAGUUUAAUCUAUUUCGGAAUAUCACUCGAGACCUUUUGUGCCCCAUCUGUGAAUUGGAACCUGAAACUUUGGGUCAUAUUCUAUGGAGUUGUGGUUCGGCAAGGGAUGUCUGGUUGGAAAGCUGCUGGAAAUUACAGAAGAGCUCCAUUUGUGACGAAGCUUUUGCAGGUGUUUUUGAGCAACUGUCGGCUUAUUUGGACCCGGAGGAACUGCAGUUUUUUGUCACUGUGGCACGCCAAAUUUGGCUCAGGCGCAAUGCUUUUGUCUUUGGGAGGCCGCUGCUUGCACCAGCUGAAGUCAUUCGCAGGGCAAAGGAACAAAUCUCUGCUUUUGAGAAGACAGAGGCUGGAAGAUGCAAGCCCCAAGUACCAUUGCGAAACCACGCAGCCCAUACUUGGCAGAAGCCGCCGGAAGGAUUUGUCAAACUUAAUUGGGACGCUUCCAUAGAUGCGAGACGACAGCGUAUUGGAAUUGGGGUGGCUGUCCGAAACUCUAAUAGCACUCUUCUAGCUUUGUUGUGUGCUUCAAAGACCAUGCUCACGGAUCCUGGGACUGCAGAAGCCUUAGCGGCGUGGCAUGCAGCUGAAAUCACACGAAGGUUGGGGUUGAGACAGGUGGUUUUAGAAGAGGAUGCGUUGGAAGUCAUAAAUGUUCUCAAAAUGGAUGAAGGUUGGUUGGGUAGCUAUGGACAGGUCAUACAAGAUGCUAAAACUCUCUUGGGGCAUUGUCUGGAGUGGAGGGUUCGCCAUACUCUCCGGGAAGGUAAUAAUUAA